CAGGUUGCACUAUUUUCAUACCUAAUAGAGGUAAGAGAUAUGUGUAUGUUUGUUUUUUAAUAAAUUUGUAACAAAUAAUAAAUACACAUAUUUACAUUUAUAUUCAAUUCGGUGAAUUUGAUAUCUACGUAAACAUACAACAUUUAUAAAUAAUCAUCUUCAAAUCUGUUGAUUAUUUGUAUAACAAGAAUCGAUCAAAAUGGUUUGCGAGAAGUGUGAGAAGAAAUUGGGAAAAGUAAUUACACCUGAUCCAUGGAAAUCUGGUGCCAGAAAUACAGUGGAAGGUGGUGGAAGAAAAAUUGGAGAAAACAAAGCUCUUUCAGCAAGGAAAGCUCGGUUCAAUCCAUACACUGCAAAAUUUGAGACUUGUAAAAUAUGUAGACAGAAAGUUCAUCAAGUUGGUUCGCACUAUUGUCAGUCAUGCGCUUACAAAAAAUCUAUAUGCGCCAUGUGUGGUAAGAAGCUUAUGAGUACGAAGAAUUAUAAGCAGUCAGCUACGUAAAGUUACCUCACUUUACAGAAAAUGUCUGAAUGUAACAAGCGAUGAUAUUUUUCUAUGUACAUAUACAAAAUGGAACAAAGUAUGAAAAGAGUAUUUAUUAUACUCUAGCGUAUUAGUGAUGUAUGUAUGUAUUUAUAUAUACAUCAAAUAAUUUAGUCCGAUAAACAGAUAACCAAUAAUUGUAUAUUAAAUGUAUUAUUUACUCUUUUUUUUUAAUAUUAGCAUGCACAAAUUUAAAUAUCCAUUGUACAAAAUAGAAAUUAAUUAGAAUUAAAUUUAGUGCGAAGAUGAAUCAAAAAUUAUGGAUUCUACGUUAGAAGAAAAAAAAAAAGGAUUUUCUUGUCGUUAUCUUUUUAUAACAUUGUCAUAUCAUGCUCUUUUAACGUAUUUAUAAAAAAAUACUUAUGCACACAAACAAGUACAAUAAGAGGUAGUAAUAUAAGUUUGCAUUGUAUUUGGAUUUUAUCGUAAUAUGUAUCUAUGUAUAUAUAUAAAUAUAUAUAUAUA